AUGAUCUUUGGCACCUACCGGGCAAUUAGGGUUCUUGGUGGACUGCUCACCCACACCGGCCUCACGGAGAGGCGAUUGUUGAAAAGCCCUGCUCAGAAUGGCACAAGACAGGGCCCUGGGGCCACUUUAUGGCAGUUCACUUCUCACUUCAGCAAUAAACAGGCCCAUCUCUACGCCCCUCCGGUACAGACGGGGCCUGAGCCCGUCGGUGGGCCACACCCACACGGCAGAUAUGGCGAGCAAAGGAGCCGAAAGAGUGUCAAAACCCACCGAGAAAGGUCAGCCUCUUGA